UCUCUCUGUGUUGUGUUGUGUUCUUCAAACUCUCUCUUCUUUCUUCUCUUCUCUUCCAUUCAUUUUCAUUCCCUUUAAAUAGCCUCUCUAUUCAAAACCUAACCAUAUAUAUAUCUUCCAACCCAAAAACAUUAUCUAUCUACCUUUUUAAGGAAAAUCCACACCGUGUUUCUCUCUUUUUCUCCAUCUCUCAUUCUCACAAAAACUUCCAAUUUUUUUACACACCCCAGAAAUCUAGCGAUAUCAAUCACCAAAUAUCAUCCCUUUCUCUCAAAUAUCUUGUGGGGUUUAUCCAUUUUUGUGGUUUUUCCUUUUUUUGUUUUCAUUCUUCACCUUCCCCAGUUGAACAUAUAGAUAAAGCUGAAAAUAUAUUAUAUAUAAUACCAAAAAAAAUACCCUUUUUUUCUUGGGUGUAUCUGUAUUUUGCUGUGUCCAGAAGAUUCUGUUAACGGGUUUUUGAGAAUUUUUUUCAUUGAAAUUGUAUAGAUAGCUGAAGUUUUGGUUUAAGUGCUACUUCCAUGGAUGCUCAAUUUAAAAAAGCCUCGGAUGAGAUGAAUAGGAAGAAGAUUCAUGGUGAUUCUUCAACGGCUGAGUUCAACAAUUCCAAUAUGACUCCUUCUAAGGGUGCAAGUUCUCCAUCUGAUGCAAGAUCAUGUGUAUCUUCUAUUGGAGACGCGUCCGGUAGUAUUAAAGAAGGGGAUGUGGAUCAAGAAUAUUUGCCAACAGAUCAGAAUGUUGCUUAUGCUGCUGGGGGCUAUUAUGGAUACUACUAUCCAGGUUAUGGUGGUUAUUAUGGAGAGUCUGACAACCAAGGAUAUUAUGUUGGUGCUGAAGCUGUGGAUUUUCAGUAUCCUGUCAUGCAAGCAGAUAAUGGAUCUUAUGUCUAUCUCAUGCCAGGAUUUCAGCCUGGCUAUUCUUCAUACUUCCCUCUGAGUCCAUCUGGUGUUGAUGGACAAUAUGUUGGUCAUCAAGUCUACCCCCCUGGUUCCAUCUUUCAACAACCCAUUGCAUCACCUGGUUAUUUUUCAGCUUCUCUACCUUAUGGGGAGUUAAUGCCAUCAGCAUACUCAUGGGAUUCAUCAGUAACCGCACCUUUUAAUGAAUUUUCUGGUAAACCAAGUGGUAGAACUAAUUUGUCUUCCCAAAGUCGCACAGGCGGUGUAUUGAAUAAGUCCGCAACCGCGCCUAACUCGAGCAACCCGUCUGAAGUGAACGGUUCCACACCAUUAGUUGUGGUUUCAUCAACUCAUGUUAAGAAUAACCAGCAAAAACAAGCAAACAAGGCACCCGUUUGUGGCUCAGUUCUCCAUUCAGAUUCUAUGGCGAAGGGUUGCUUGCCUAUCGCCAAGUUUCCCACAUACAAUCAAGGAAAGAGUGGAUACCACUAUCCAAACAACGUGCUUAACGCGAAAGCAAACACAAAGGGUUGGGUUAGUACUGAAAAGUUGAAAUUGAGAGGCAAGGUUAACAAUUCACUUUAUGAGCAGAAUCAGGGUCCUAGGACAGCUAAUGCUAAAAGUGAAUUAGUGUCUGGAGGUGAUUCUUUGAGAACCUUGGCCGUAGUUGGAAGUGGGAAUGGCAACAGCAAAAUCAGGACAGAUCAAUAUAACCUUCCUGAUUUUCCAACCAAAUACGAUCAUGCGCUUUUCUUUGUCAUCAAAUCAUACAGCGAAGAUGAUAUCCAUAAGAGCAUCAAGUACGAUGUGUGGGCCAGUACACCUAAUGGGAACAAGAGGCUGGAUAGUGCAUUUCAAGAUGCACAAAAGCGAACGGAAGAGAAAGGAAGCAAGUGCCCCAUAUUCCUUUUCUUUUCGGUCAACGCUAGCGGUCAAUUUUGUGGAGUAGCUGAGAUGAUUGGGCGAGUUGAUUUCAAUAGAAGUAUGGAUUUCUGGCAACAAGAUAAAUGGAAUGGAUAUUUCCCUGUCAAAUGGCACAUUAUAAAGGAUGUUCCAAAUCCACAGCUACGGCGUAUAAUCCUUGAGAAUAAUGAUCACAAGCCUGUAACUAAUAGUAGAGACACACAAGAGGUGAGUUUUCCCCAAGGUGUUGAAAUGCUCAAUAUUUUCAAGAACUAUGCAGCAAGAACUUCCAUAUUGGACGACUUUGAAUUUUAUGAAAGCCGUCAGAAGGUUAUGCAGGAGAAGAAAAUAAGGCAAUCUAUACCCCAUACAAAUGCACAGCAUAUAGAUGACAUAACCAAUGCACUUGGGUCAGUAGACCUUUCAGCUGUAAAGAACAUGGAGGAGGAACCCAAGUUGGUUGAGAAAGUGAAUGACUGAAGAAAAUAUAGAAUGAUGUUAUUCAUUGGAACCGCGCCAAGUCAGCAUGCCCUUGAAGGUUGUUACAGCUUAUGAAUCCAAGUUGAAGUUCCAAAAAAGAAAAAAAAAUGUUGCUGAUGCUUUAGAAGGGUAAAAAGAAUAAUUUCACUCUGGUGAUAGCUGAAUUCCUAAUUGUACAAAACUAAGAAGGAAAGAAGUUUUGAAAGGGAAGAAGAAGCUGGUUACUGUUACAAGGUGCUAUGAAAGCACAUGUGAUUUACUUUUGUUUUUUGUUUUGCACAUAAAGUUCAGUUUGGUUCCUUGUUCUUGGUAUUGUCACGUUCUUCAUUGUAGUUAGUGAAUUUAACCAGUGUCAUGAGUAGGACAGGUGACCAGGUAUAUGUUGAAAAUGAUAGGUUCCAAUGGCUAUAUUGAAAAAUUAUUGGCGUUAGGAAAUAUAUUUGACCAUGCAUUAUUUGAUGAA